AUGCACAGAAUCAGAUUUCAGAAGUAUGGAAAUGUAUUCACCCUCUGGCUAGGACCGACUCCUCAUGUGAGCAUCACCAACUAUGAGACUUGCUACGAUGUUUUUGUGAAGAAUGGGAACAACUUCAAAGAACGAGUUCUUCCACCGCUUUAUGAUCAUGUUAGUGGUACGUUAACUUGUCCUAACCGUGUCGUUUUUAUAAUUUAAUCACAGAAGGCCUCGGAAUCCUCUUCUCAAACGGGGAAAUCCGUCCGGAACUUCGUAAGUUCACUCUGACAGCGUUUCGAAAGAUGGGAGUGGGAAAGGAUCGAUUGGGCGAGAUAAUCCUGGCCGAGUUGGACGCCAGAUGUGCGGAGUUGGAUGCGGAAGGUACAACCAUCGUGCAUACUUCGGAAUUCUUCGAUCUGACCGUCGGAAGUGCCAUCAACCGAUUGUUGGUCGGGAAACGAUUCGACGAGCACAACAAGGACGAGUUCCUGAAGCUUCGGGAGCUCAUGGAGAAGUCGGCCGAAUACUUUACAAUGUUCGAUAUGACGGCUCCGGUCUGGCUGCUCAAGCACUUCUUUCCUAAGCGCUACGAAGGAAACAUGACAUCUUUACGGAACGUUCUGGAGUUUUCCUCGCGAGAAGCCGUGCAAAGAUGGGCGGAUGUGAAGGCUGGGGAGUAUGUUGUGGAUUCCGAGGAUCCGCAGGACUUUGUCGACUUUUUCUUCGCAAAAAUGGAUCAAGAAGACAGAAAUGGAGGUGGAGGACAUCCCGCUUAUACGUAAGGGACCCGUGAAACAGACUGUAUAGAAAGAAAUUAUUCAGAUUGGAAUCCCUGAAGCAUGUAAUCAACGACUUGUGGUUUGCCGGACAGGACACUACUUCCACUACACUCGUGGACGGCUUCAACUAUUUGGUCAACCAUCCACGUGUCAUCCAGAAAGUUCGAGAAGAGGUCUUGAGAGUUACGGACAACGGAUCUCGACGUUUGACCCUACAGGACCGCGCUGAAACCCAUUACUUGAACGCGACAAUAGCAGAAAUCCAAAGAUGCGCCUCUAUUCUGAACGUGAACUUCUGGAAAAUCGUUCAACAACCAAUUAUAGUCAACGGAUAUCACAUUGAUUCGGGAGCAGUGAUAACUGCUCAAAUCGGUGCACUACAAGUCAACGACAAUGUCUUCAAGAGCCCCGCGCACUUUUAUCCGGAACGAUUCAUAGAGAACGCGAAACUUUCGCAACAAGUUCUACCGCUUGGCAUCGGAAAAUGAUCGUGUAUCGGAGAGAAUAUUGCGAGAGCUGAACUUUACUUGGUAUCUAAUCUGAUUUUCAUGAAUCUACGACUAACUUCAGAUAAUCGGAAACCUUCUCCUCCGCUACGAGAUCCAACCGCACGGUGCGCUCCCAUCCACAGCCGAUCUGCUACCGUAUAGUUCUGGAAAAAUGCCCGACAAAUCGGUGAAGCUGAAGUUCAUUCGGUUGAAAAACUGAAAACAUGUGAGCAGGUGAACUUCACUCUCAUCUAGACACUUUUCGUCGAAACAUUGCCGCCAGUUGAAAUGUCUAACAGCUCUGCAGCAUAUUUGAGCAACAUUGUAUAUCCGAAAGAUUUGAAGAUGGACUGGACGAGUCUUUUUGGUUUUUUCUAUUUCUUCAUUUGUUUACUCACCUAUCUAGUCUAUUUUCCUGUUUGGAAACAUAAUCAGGAGCGAGAUUCGAAGGUAAACUUGAUUUGCCAGGUAGACUCGGCGAGACGGAGACACCUAGAUUUUUUGCAACUUUACGAAACAGCACUCUAGUGUGUUCGCUUUUCAAUGAAAAAAAAGUCUUGCAGACAAUAUCCUACCCAAUACUUCUUUGGUGUCACAAAUUGACCAAGUAUUUCGGCGUCACUUACACUUUCGAAUGUCUUCUUCUUUUACUUUUCUUCUUCUUUAUUCCUACUGUGUAAGUGUUUCGUUUAUUGAGAAUCACUAACAUUUCAGUUUUCAGCAAUCUGAAAUGGAACAAUAACCUUUUCAACGUUCUUCUCAUGCUCACAGCUGUGCUCCUCGAGACCGUGCUCAUUCUGAAAUUCUGUAGUUUUCCGGACAUUUUCGCGGUGCUCGCCUUCCUGAUUUCCAUCCAACGGCUCAUUUUACUCCGAUUUCCGCAGUUUCAAAGAUUGGUUUCAUUCAAAAAACGUUUCGUCACUUUCAUGGUUUUUGCCAUCGCCAUUUCGUCGAUCGUUAUGAAAUGCAUAGUUCCGGGUUAGCUUAAUUUUCUAUUUUCAAACAAAUUGUGGGAAUGAUUGCAGCUGUGUGCAUUCUCAAACACUCUAUGAGCCAUGCAACGACAUGCACUCUCUCAGAACUCAAAAUUGUCUUCUUCUAUCCCUAUUUCCUAGUGUCCACCAGUAUUCUCAUCUAUUUCUACAUGACAUUCCUUGCCAAACAUCAAUUGCCAAAACCAUUGGAGUCCACGGUGACCAAGUAUUUUUUCUAUCAGACAUGCGUGCUAUUCGUGUCAAAAUCAGUGAGUUUAUCGAAUGCAAAAGAAAUUUGCCGCAGUCGGUUUCGAACCCGUGUUUGAUUAAAAAUCCAAAAUGUUACCACUACACCACGCACACCUUCAGAGUCUGAAGCGCGCAAGGCAAUGAAGUGAGAUACAAGCUCCAUCAUCAUUUUCAGAUUUCACUAGCCAUCCUCUCCACGAAUCUGUUGAACUACGGCGGUUCCAGUGACCCAAAACGGUCGAUUUUCGGUACGUUCGGCCACACGAUCGUCGAUUUCAUCGUCCUUCCAAUCACCAUCAAUUGCUCUUACAUUCUUGCGAACCGAAAAAGCUUGGGGCUUCGAAAUUCGGGCGGAUUCAUUGAUAAUGUGUUGAGUAUUAUUGCAAAAUGA